AUGUCUACCUCGAGCGCAAGGACGUCUGUCUCUUCUACAGAGCUGACGGGAGCAGCAAAAUUGGAGGAGGUGACGAGACUUAUGGACAAGCUGGCAUCGGACCUGCAGCAUAUCAACCUUCUACCACAUCAACGAGAUGCUUUGCUGGAACAAGUCAAAGUCUAUGGACGUGAUCCUAAUAACUCGGACCCAAUAUUCACCAAGGAAGCAGGUCGUGGCAUUGAGACAUUAACCCGACAUGCCUUCAACAGUCCCUCUUUAACAACUUCACGAAAUGCCCUACGAUGUCUGGCGAACGCGCUCCUCCUUCGAGAAAAGACGAGACAGAUAUUCGUGGACUUGGGAUACGAGCAGAAGGCUUGCAAUAAGUUGAAGAACGACAGUAGGGAUGACGAGUUUCUGGUCUCGCGCAUAAUCUUCCUCACAACCUAUGGCACGAAAAUCGACAUCGAAAAGCUCAUUGACCAAUACCACCUGGCGGAGAAUAUCUGCUUGAACAUCAGCAGACAUGCGAAACAAUUCGUCACCAAGCAGAAGAAGGUCAGGGAAUUGGAUCCAAUGGAAGAUAUGGCCUUGAUCGAGACACUGAAGCUUAUGUUCAAUCUUACACACUUCUGUCCGCAACGAGCUGCAGCCUUCUCUCCUGCCCUCCAAAGCCUGAUCAUCAUCAUGACAAAACGAGCAAUCUCGAGCAGCAAGCCUCUUGAACCUCCGAUCGGCCCUCUGGUUAAUUCAUUAUUGAAUAUUGAUCUAGAAAACAAAGACAACAAGUCGACCCUCUAUCCCAAAGCCACCCCAACCAUCACUGUGGACCGAUUGAUUGAGAUAUUAGACAAGAGCAUACGAGCGUACCAGGACGAGGAGCUGGAGCAGAAUGUCUCGCCGCUCCUGACAUUGCUACGAAAAGUGUACGAGAUUGCACCAAAGGAAGUCCAGGAGCAUACCCAACGAGCACUUCUACCAUCAGCGGAGGACAGGAAGCAAAUUCUUGGAAGAGGAACUACACUACCAUCACGUCUUCUCCGACUCUCAAGUAACCCUACCACACCGCAGGUUCGAGAAUCUAUAUCAUCUCUCCUCUUCGAGUUGUCUGGCAAAGACGCCAAGAUCUUUGUGCAGAAUGUUGGAUAUGGAUUUGCGUCUGGUUUCCUCUUCCAACACAAUGUCCCAGUACCGGAGAAUGCGUUAGAGGCGUGGAGUACCAGUGAUAGCGAUAGUACACAUGCUCGAGCAAGUCAGGAUUCGAAGCAAGGUCUUCUUGGCAAGAUUAAUCCUGUCACUGGACAAUUCUUAGAAAACGAGACCAACGUGGAGAUGCCGGAGAUGACCCAGGAUGAGAAGGAGCGAGAAGCCGAGAAAUUGUUUGUCCUAUUCGAGAGACUCAAGAAGACUGGUAUUAUGAACGUGAAGAAUCCAGUUGAAACAGCUCUCAACGAGGGUCGCUUUCUCGAGCUUGAGGAUGAUGCAGAGUCCGAAUGA